GCUCCAGGCUCCGCACGGGAAGCACCUCGCCCUCCUGCACCGCCCACGCCAGCGUCGACCUUAUUUUCUUUGCCACGCCCUCGCCGUCCAAGCCACCAUGUCUGAGGACGCCAAGAGCCAGCCCCAGGAGGAGGUAGCCGUGGAAGAGGAGGCGGCGGCGGCGGAGGAGACGGCGAAGGAGAAUGAUGUAGCGGCGGAGGAAGCAAGCGCCGACGCAGAGGAGAAGGAAAAAGACACAGAAGAAGCAGGAGAGGAAGAGAAGGCGGCCGAUGAAGAGGGAGGAGAGGAGAGCGAAGAGAAAGCCGACGAGGAGACGGAGGAGAAAGGGACGGAGGGAGACGACGAAUCCGGAGAAGCCGCGGAAGAAGGUGAAGGGAAAUCGGAGGAUGCCAAGGAGGAGGAGGAGAAAGAAGAGGAAGAAGAAGAGAAGAAGGCAGAGGAAGAGGAGAAGGGAGAAGCGGCGGGAGAAGAGGAGGAGGAGAAGAAAGACGGCGAGGAGGAAGCAAAGGGCGAGGCGGCGGAAGGAGGUGAAGAGGAGGAAGCUAAAGAGAGCGAAGAUAAAGGAGAAGAGGGAGAGAAAGAGGGAGAAGAAGAGGCAAAGGAAGAGUAAACCACUUAUACAUAUUUUUUUCAUAGUGUUAGGUUUUCAUUUCAUGUCGAUAUUUUCUCGUUUUCCCCUCGAUCUAAGUAAGACUUGAACUGAUAUCUGAAAAAAAGAAAGGAAAUGCCCCUAAAAUAGAAUAAAGAAAAUGGGGAGGAGAAGAAGUUAAAACAAGGGAGAAGGAGAAUCAGAAACUUCCACGGGUCCUGGACCCCGAUGGCGGCCCCUGACUGUGAUUUCCCAAACGUCCUCUAGUUCAUUGGUGAAUUUCUUACAAAAUGUCUAACGAAGAAUAACGAGAAAUAGGACUGCAUCGUAAUGUUAUUAUUAUCAUUAUUAUCUCUCUUUCCCCAUCUCUCUCUCUCUCUCUAUCUAUCUAUCCAUC